UUGAUAUCCAUGCGUUCCUCUAACUCACCUGAGCUGGCCAUUGUCGGUGGCGGCAUUGUCGGAUUGAUCUGUGCACUUGGUCUGAUCGACCGCGGCAUCAAGGUCAUCGUCUACGAACAAGCCGAUGGCUUGCGUGAGAAUGGUGCAGGCCUGGCAUUCACAAGGAACGCAGUCGAGUGCCUCAAGCUUGUCAGCACCCUAGCCAGCGAAGCUCUCCGAUCUGUGCAGACGCCAAAUGGAGACACGACGAAUCCGAACGAUCAUCUGCAAUGGGUCGAUGGUUUUAAUCAGCAUGAUCCAAACAACCCAUCCUACGAGCCAGUCCUUUUCAGACUUUUUGUCGGGGCGAACGGAUUUGAGGGUUGUCAUAGAGCACACCUCCUUGAGGCUCUAUGGAAGAGAUUGCCCGAGGGAACAGUUGUGUUUGGNAAAAAGUUGCAAGCCAUCCAUGAUGACUUAGAGAAAGACAAAGUUCUGCUUCACUUCGUGGACGGAACAGCUGCGAAGGCCGAUGGUGUCAUUGGAUGCGACGGAAUCAAAUCUCGCACAAGAGCACUCCUAAUUGGUCUCAACCACCCAGCAGCUAAACCACAGUAUACUCACAAGCUGUCCUAUAGAGCCUUGAUACCGAUGGACAAAGCCAUCGCUGCCCUCGGAGCUAACAAAGCAUUGAACCAAUGCAUGCAUAUCGGCCCCAGCAGACAUCUUCUUCAUUUUCCCGUCGCAGAUCAGAAACUUCUCAACGUUGUGGCUUUCGACUCGGAUGCAGAUUCAUGGACUCAAGAGGAUGGCCGACUGAUCGCACCAGCCACGAGGCAGGAGGUGGUCGAGGCGUUCAAAGACUGGAAUGAACCUGUGCGGACCAUUACCGAGAUGUUCCCAGAAGUCAGUGAGAAGUGGGCUGUCUUUGACAGCUACGAGCAUCCGGUUCCUUUCUACUCGAAAGGUCGCGUCUGCCUGGCANNGGGGGACUCUGCGCACGCGGCCGCACCUCAUCACGGGGCUGGUGCAGGAGCCGGUGUUGAAGAUAUCCUCUGUUUGAUCACGGCUAUUGACAAGGCUAUCACUCUGGCGAAUUCCAAGACAGCUCUGACGACGGCUUUCUCCAUGUAUGACGGGAUUCGUUAUGAUCGCACGCAAUGGCUGGUGCAGAGUAGCCACGAAGUCUGCGAGAUGUAUGAGUUAGAUCAUCCUCUGACAAAGGGUGAUAUGAACAAAUGCAGAGACGAGGUGGAAGAAAGAUCGCAUAGGAUCUGGUAUUUUGACUAUCAAAACAUGCUCGACCAGACACUACUGGGUAUGGAGAAGAUGCUAGGGCAGUUCCAGCCCUCGGUCCGUCUAUAG